AUGUCAUCUAGAGUCAUGUCGACUCGUGAGCUGCUAGACGCUCUCCCCAGUGCUCAACAGCUGGAGUGGUCAAAGGUGGUUUGGUCUGAUGAAUGCUACGUUCAUCUCUCGGACAACAAGGGUCGGAUUUGGGUUACACGUACCUCGGACAAAGUCUACAACCAAGAUUGUCUCGCUCCCUCUUUCAAGCAGUCCCCAAUCCGUGUCAUGGUUUGGGGUUGCAUCGCGCACGGAUGGAAAGGGCCAUUGAUUGUGCUCGAGUAUCCUGGAGGCAAGGGCGGUGGGAUGACGGCGAAGCGAUACCAAGACCAGGUUCUCAGAAAGGUCCUCUUCAGGUCGUUGGACGAGGUGAAGCAGAAACGCGGUGGACGAGGGAAGAUUCAUGUGACAAUCAACCCAAAAACAAAGUCGAAAAGAGAAGUGAAUUCGAAGACUGGAGAAUACAACCAAGUAGCUACAGUAUUUAUACCCAAAUCCAGUCUGAGUCAUAUCUACAACUAA